AUGAAAGCAGCUGGAAUCUCGGGAUACCUGAAAGAAAUCGUAUGGAAGAACAAAUAUCUAAAUACUGAAAGCAAAGUCAAAAUAUAUAAAACAACAAUUAGACCUAUUAUAACAUAUGCGUCAGAAACAAAACCAGACACAAAUAGAACGUUACAAAUGAUGAGAACAGUUGAAAUGAGAACACUACGAAGUAUACAAGGCAAAACUCUACGUGACAGAAUAAGAUGUGAAGACGUCAGACAAAACUAUGGAAUACAAGAUAUAGGAAGGUGGUUCAGACAGAGACGAAGAUAUUGGAACAAACAUAAAAAGAAAAUAGAGGACAGCAGACUCGUUAAAAGCGCAAAAACCAAUAAUCCAGUAGGUAAAAGACCACAGGGUAGACCACCAACACCUUAG